AUGCCUUCCAACAACGCCGCUUAUAUCGCAGAGCCCAAGAAGAUCCCCUUGGAGGUCAAGUCCGCGCCAUGGACGGAGCCCAAGGACAACCAGAUCCUGGUGCGCAACCGCGCCGUGGCGAUUAACCCCGUGGACAUUGCCAUCCAGCAAUUCGCCGCCUUUGAGGUGGAAUACCCAGCCAUCAUUGGCACCGACGUCGCUGGCGUCGUGGAGAGCGUCGGAUCCGGUGUCUCCCACUUCAAGCCUGGCGACAGAGUCCUUGGCUACGCGACUAGUCUGGGAACAAAGGACAAUGCCGAGGGCGCGUUCCAGAACUACACCAUCAUUCGCUCAGACUGUGCAUCGCACAUCCCAGAUGAUCUGCCCUAUGAGCAGGCUACCGUUCUGCCCUUGGCGGUGGCGACGGCUUCGUAUGCAUUCUUUGGAGAUGAUACCCUCCAGCUGCGUCUGCCUUCCCUGAACCCUGAGAAAAUCGAUGAGGUGGUGCUCGUGUGGGGUGGCUCCUCGAGUGUGGGCGGAACGGCUAUCCAGCUGGCCAAGGCUGCCGGCUACCAGGUCAUCACCACCGCGUCCGCCAAGAACCACGAAUACGUCAAGAGGCUCGGGGCCGACCACACACUGGACUACAAGUCCUCUAGCGUUGUCGACGAUAUCGCGAAGCUCCUCCAGGGCAAGAAGCUCGCCGGUGUGCUUGACGCCAUUGGCGCCCCUGAUGCCAUUUCGACAGCAGCAAGGGCGGUGGAGCAUGCAGAUGGGAAACGACACAUUGUCUGCGUCAGGGCGCCCCCGGAGAAUCUUCCCGAGAGCGUCAAGGCGCAGCCCAUUCUGUCCCUGAGUAUCUACAAGAACUCGCUCGCGAGCCAGAUAUUUAAUGGCUUUGUGCCAAAGGCCCUGGCCCAAGGCAAGCUGAAGGCUGAGCCAAAGGCGGAGAUUGUAGGCGAGGGACUGGAAAAGGUACAGGCCGGGCUGGAUAAGCUGCGAGAUGGAGUAUCGGCCACAAAGGUUGUUGUCAGACUGAAGUAA